CCGUGCUGGACUACGACUCCUGCCUUCUUGGCUGUCGCGACUCGAGGGGCGGAGGAGAGGGGUUUUGCAAGUUUUCUCAAUUGCUCUUCUUCGUCGGCCCCGUCGCUCCGAUCCGCCCACACCACCUUGCCUAACCGGAGCGGAGCAGCGACCCUCUCCCCGCCUUGUCCGCCGCUCUCGCCCUGCCACGCCUACCCCCCAUUAUCCUGCCGCGCUCCCUUCCCAUUGCCUGGUGUUAGGUAUAAGGGAGAGCUCUGUUUCUGCAACCGCUGCGUCCUUCCAGCUCCAGAGUUGUCAAGCCAGCUUACUGGCCAUGAAAGACCUCCACCUCCCACUGAACCAGACCCAGAGGGUCCGCUGCGAGAAAGCACUCCACGAGCUCCAGGUGCUCACCCCCACCACGGUGUUAGCUGCUGCUGUCACCAUCGCAGACACCAUACCCGUCAACCAUGAGGACAGCAUCCUCAGGGGGCAUUGGACGUCGGAUCAGAAAGGGAAGUUGGUGUCGACACUCUGUGGGGUGGUGGAGUGGGUCGACAAGCUAGUCCAUGUGCGGACGCUCCAGGCAAGGUACUCAGUUGAGAUCUGUGAUAUCUUAGUUGGCCGUGUCAUUAAGGUUGGUCCAGAGAGCUGGAGGUUGGAGAUAAAUUCUAAACAAGAUGCUGUUAUGAGGUUUUCUUCGACAAAUUUUCCUGAUGGAAUUCAGAGAAGGAGAACUGCUGUUGAUGAACUUAACGUGCGAAGUAUUUUUGAAGAAAAUGAUGUUGUCUAUGCUGAAGUUUGUGCUUUCCAACAUGAUGGAUCUCCAGAGCUGCAACCAAUGGGUCAAAAGAAUGGAAAGCUUGAGAGGGGCCAAUUGCUCACAGUCUCUCCUUACUUGGUAAAACGACAGAAUCAGCAUUGUUAUCACCUUGAGCAAUAUGGCGUAUAUUUGAUUCUCGGUCGCAAUGGAUUCAUUUGGGUAGGUGAGCAUGCUGUGGUGGGUGAAACGGCCAAGUUGAUGGGAACUGAACUUGAGAAUUUCACGCCUCUGGAAACAAGGAAUCAUGUUUGCCGGCUCGCCAAUGCCGUACAUGUGCUUUCAGCCCUAGGAUUCACUUUGACUGCCGAACUGAUAGUGGAGACGGCGGAAGCAAGUUUGUCGUCCAAGGUUGCUGUAAAUGACAUGGUUGGGGGUGAAUUUUUUGUCCAGACAGCAGAGAGAGAGAAAGGGGCUGCACGUCGAGUUCAUCUGGUGAGAAAGGAAAUUGGGUCAAUAUAAGUAACUAACUAUGCUGAUUCUUGCUGCCUGAUUGACAGAGGAGUGCGUGAUCUGCAGUAGCCUUGUCCGUAUGAGAUUAUUCUCAGUGCCUGAUCUUUACGGUUUCUACAAGAGACCAUCAGUGCCUUGUACACACUUGACAAAGAUGCAAAAAUAUUGAAAGGUUUGCGGACCUUGCUCCACCCUGGUGCUGUUCAUGCAUUUGUUCAUGGUGCUAGAAAUGCUAGUCUUGGGGUCUGGCAGGUCUGUAAUAGACUAUGCAGCUAAUCAACCCGUUAUUUUUUCGUUGCAUCUCACGUUGAACAUUUCGAUUUAAAGCCUGCCCAAUUCGCCAAACGGCAACGCAAUUGGAUUAAUGACAUCUGCCCAUUCUGAUUU